UGAGAUAUGGACCGAUAAGGACUGAGGAUUAGCUCACUUUAGAGCCACGUUCUCUAUCGUCGCAUUUCCUCCAUGUCCCAUAACGUAUCUUAUAAUCCUUGAGAACAAACGAUCUAUUUCUUAGUCACGAUACACCGGGUUGCGUAUGCUAUUUCGGCAGAGAACUACUACGAUAUCCCCCACAGGGUGAGAUAUUGACGAGAUCCGAAAACCCCUCCCCGGGGGCUCCAAUCGCGAAGACUCCGAUAAAGAAACCGAAAUCAGCGAAUACAAGCUCCAAGGACAAUCGAAGAGAGCUUGGCGAAGAAGAGCCUCGCUGGCAGCGAGAGUAUUUCGGGCCGUCAGUCGCCAAGAUCGCGAAUGGGGGCCCCCUUGGACUCGUCAGUCCUCAACACGACCUUCACUCUGAACCAGCAUGUUCACAUAGAGCAACGAAUUCCGACGCUAUAAUCGAGGAAGCCGACUUGCUGGAAUAUAAGCCCGAUGCAAUUAUGACUGGAGAGACACGCGAAUCGGAAGCCGCCGUUGCCCGUAACUCGAGUGCAGCCGCGGAAUCAGUUGAUUCUCCUCAUGGUCAAAAGAUGGACAGAGCCCCGUCCAUGUCUCCACGGGAACGAGACACCUUCUUUGACUACGAAGAAACGUUCAACGGGAUAGUGAAUGACCCGACAUGGCUGUUAGGGAGCAUCUGCGAGGGCGUUGACCAAGCAGAAGAUCAAGAGACAGGGGGUGUGGUUGAUGAUUCACGUCGCCGCCGGUUCGGCAACAUGGAUUACGGGACUCAAAAUACCGCAGGGGUUCCUCAUGAUUCUCCCUUGACACACCAUGCUGAAGAUGUCCAGCACACACAUGGAGAAGGGGUUGAUUGCUGGACGAGCCAGAUCGAGGCGUUAUUAGGCGCCAUAGACGGCCACGCCACAGCUGACGACCAGGAGAAAAUAUUUUCUUCUAUCAGCAAUGGAAUGAUUGCUAUUUGGGAAGAUGAAAGACAUCGGGAACAACUGAUGACUUGGAUCGACAAUAGAGCUUGUGACGGAGCCGAUGGACUCGACAAAGAGUUUCAAGAUCUCCAACGACGGAUUCUAGCAAUGAUCGCGACGAUUGUCGAGCAAUGUUCUAUUCGUAAGUCAGUAGAGACACUUACAUACGGCAGUACUCGUCCGCUUUCUGGCUUGAUAACGGGAUUGGACGACUUCGCGAACAAAGGAGGGAGAAUGUCGGAGACGCAGGCCAUCACGAAAUCUCGGCAAAUGGUCCGCGUUCUUCAUAUAUUGUUCUCGGCAUACAUAAAACGACAAAAGAAAACGCAAGAGCUGGAAGGGAAAGACGAGGGGACGCAGUUUCAUCGUGGCAAUGCUACGUCAAAGGAUCUUGCAGGUCAGAUCGAGCAUCUCCGGGAAGCGCUAGGCGAUAAAGAGUCCCAAAUGAAGCGCAUCCAAGACGAACUAUCCUACUGGAAGAGAAGAUACGAAGAGACAUCGAAAGCGGCACAGUCUGAACUUUGGAGAGCAUUAUUGGUGUUGGUUGAGCAGACAACAGAUAUAGGAUCAUUGAAGCGCAGACUGGUCGACGAUGGAGUUGACCUCGCUACUACGCACCAAGAAGACUCAACCACAAUGCACGGCAGCCUAGACCAUCUUCUCGGGGACCUGUCUGGGCCCGACGUGCCAGUUGCAAGCUUAUCUACCGAGCGACUUCCAAAGCGAGUCAAGACUCUUGACAUCGACUCGGCGAAGCUGUUACGUAAAUAUGUGUUUCCUGGCAGCUCGCAAGAACUCGCAUUUGUCCCAGACGAUGUUCCGCGACAAACGAGUCUCUUACACGCCGUCACCGACGCACGCGAUCUCGAUGGAUUCCCAGAUGUCCAGAUGAUACUUCUUCCCAGUGGCCGGGCCGGAAGUCUCCCUCAGUCACUCGCCAGAAAGCGAUGUACAGUCCUUGACGCAAUCGAUAGCGUGAACUUGGUUGAAACUGAUAUCAAUCGGGCGGAGAAAUACAUCGCCGAUGUGGCAAACCAGGCAACCGCUUGGACCGCCAUCGAUUUCCGAGUGCGUCAGAACAGGUGGAAAAGCUUGUACGCUGCCGUGAGAAAGAGACUCUGCCAGCGCGUGGCAUCAAAUGCAGAGAAACUCGGGUUGAGUUGGAAAUGGACCAAGUCCGAUUUCGACACAGCCGACAUGCUGUCCGCCGAAGAACUGCGAGUUCUGGCUAGGCGAGGGGAUGUGUUGGUGCCGACAUGGUGGACUUGAGUUGGAAUACAUAUCAUAUCGAGCCUUUAGCAGCAGCAUUAUCGCUCUUGUGCAACAACAAUUUUACGUUCUUGGCCUCGAAAUGCACCUUUCCAAGACGUUGCCAGAGACCCCGCGGCCGCCUUGACGGUGUAACGGGGGUUGACGGCUCUGAGAAACUGAGCUACAAUUUGUGAUUGAUUUACCAUUUCGAGAUAUCAUUGUUUAUCAGAUUGAGGCUUCGGUCGCCUCGACUUGACGUAGUAAGUGACGACUGGUGC